AUGGUGGCACAACUGCUGUUGGGUCUCCUGCUCAGUGGCCUGGCGCUGCUGACUGGGCUGGCCCGGUCGGCACCCGAAAGCUUCGCCUUCCAUCUGGUUCGCGAGCUUGCCAGCCCGACCCCCGGUCCCCUGGACGCCUCGGUGGAGAUCCAAUUUUGCGACGCCUUCGACCAAUGGUCCAUGUCUUCCCGUGGUCGAGACGGCCUGGAUGACAUUUUCUUCCAUGGCGCGCACUACGCCGUGCGCAUGCUGCCGACAGCCGCCGAUGGGCGCACUGCCCCGAUCGGGUUCGUGUCCGCCCCCAUGGAGCAGCCCCUCUCUUGCAUGCUCAGCUCCGGCGCCUCGCGGGUCACCUUGCCGCUGUCCCCUCUGGAGCCGCUCAUCACCUCGGCCUUCUCGGACCCGACGCAGGUCCUGCUCUCCCCCGAUCAAAUCCUCUUCAGCGAUGGCGUCUCCCGGAAGGGGGAGCACUUCUCGAGCCUCGCGUCUCCGGUCAUUGUGUCGGCCACCAUCAACGACAUGACCGUGUCCGGCAUCCUGACGGCCGAUGUGACUGACGGGUCCUUCCUGCUGAAGCCCCUUUCCUUCAACACCCUGGCGCUGGAGAUGAAGCUACCCAACGUGUAUCGGGCCGUGCGUCACAUGGCACCCGUCGAUCGACGUGGCGAUGGGCGCCUGAGUGCCCUCUUCCUGGGCGAGCCGAUCGCCAGCCCCGGGUACCUGUACCUGGUGCAGGUGGACGAUUUUAGCAUGAACCCCGCGGCCCCGGCCACCUUCCGGCAGCUGGGCCGUCUGCCGUCGGACAUCGUGGUGGGCCAGUUGUUGGUCGGCGAUUUUGAUGGCGAUGGCGAUGCCUCGGAUGCGGUGGUCAUCUCCGGCCUCGGGACCGGGACGAUGCCGCAGGCGGUCUUCUUCCUGUCCUCUUCGAACUUCGUCGCCACCCAAAUUUGGCUGUCGGACAUCUAUGCCGGGCCGGACAGGGCCCACGCGGAGAUGGUUCCCAAGGCCGCGCAAGUUCGUCUCAUGUCCCGGACGCAUGACCACUUGGCGGUGGCCUUCGGCACCGGGGUUUGGCUGAUCCCCGGUCCACUGAAGCAUGUGCCCUACCCGCGGAUGGCCCUCUCCGUGGGGGCCUUUGCCCUGCUGCCGCCGCGUGUUUCCCCCGACCCCGAGGGGGUGUGGGUGUCCAUUGCUUUUGGCGACUUCGACGGUGACGGUCGGCCGGACAUGGCCCUGGCGCAUUCGACCACCGGUCGCACGGUGCAAGUCUACUCGCUGAAAGCGUCUGCCGCGGAGCCCGGUGCGUGCCUGUGUGGCCGAGCCGGGCGCUGCACGCACCCGGCUGGCGACUUGGCUCCCCCGGUGUGCGAGUGUCUCUUCGAAAAUAUGGACACCGAGCAUCGGGUAGCGCCGUGUGAGUUCUGCCGCGAGGGCUUCUUCCAGCUGCCAGAUGGCAAUUGUGCUCCUUGCCAUGCCAGCUGCCGCAACUGCAAGGCCGCCGGCCCGGACGCCUGCACAAGCUGCCCGGCAGGCAUGAUGUUGGGCGAGGGUCGCUGUGAUACGCCCCUCCCGGCCGAGGGCCCGGUCACCGUGGUCUUCCCCCCGCCCGAGCGGCCAUUCUACCAGGCCGGGGCGGCGCUGAAUGUGGGCAGCAGCUUCCUGACCGGUAUUCGAACCGUGUCGGCGCAUUCGGUGCACGCCAUUCGCACCCGAGUGGCCGAGCUCACCGCGGCCAUGGAGUAUUCCAUCUCCCCGCACGCCGACAUUGAGGCCCUCCUGCUGGAGGAUGGCACCGGCCAGCCGCUCUUUGUGUCGCUGUCGGAAUCGGCCUCCGGUGGGGCGCUGGUUUGGCAUUCGAGCAGGCUGACCAGCAUGGCGGUCGCCCGGUACUGGCGCCAGGGCCAGGCGUGGGACAUGGCCGUGGCCGGGCAGGGCGGCUUGCUGUGCCUUCGCGAGAGCGAGGAUGGGCUGAGCUGUACCCGGGCCGCGUCCAAGGCUGUCGGGCUGGAUCGUCACUCCGGGCAGUUGUCCAUCGAUGCCGAUCGGCCGUCCUUCCAUCUUCCGAUGGAAAUGCUCCAGCGCGGAGCAGCCCCUGUCGGUCGGCAUCUGCGCGCAUCGGCCUGGCUCGAGGCUGACAAUGCCGCCGGUACCGACCGGUGGGUGGCUGUCUCAUCGGUCGGGCCCGAUGAUGCCGCCUGCCAGGUAGAUUGGGUGCCCCAGGCGCUGAUGGAUUCCCCCCUCGGGGCCAUGGGCUUCCAGCCGUUGAUCCCGGGGCCGAUCCCCUGUGGGCAUUUGUUCCCGCUGCCAGCCGGUCCGGAUGGCGGCCGGUCGCCGAUGCUCCUGGUGCCGAUGGCCCCGGCCGCCGGGGAUCCGGUACUGCUGCUGUUGCGGUCACGCCCGGCUGGUGGUAGUUCGGGCCCGGCAUUUUCCGCGGAGCCUCCGCUGGCGCUUCUCCGGCCGUCGGAUUUCCGUUGGCCCGCUGGCACGCCGGCGGCUCCACUGGUGGUGCAGCCAAUCCAACAGGGGAUCCGUCACGAUCGCGUGCAGGUGGCCCUCUUCGAUGGCCACUGGUUGUAUGUGGCCACGCUGCGCCUGGCCCCCGGUUCGGAUCAGGUGCGCCUGGAGGUGGAGCCGGCGGUGCCACUUCGGGCCAGCGGCUUCCUCCCGCCGGAUGGGCUCCCCACUCCGGCCACUUCCCUCAGCUUGAUCAGCGUCCAGCUGGGCCCGGACCCGGAAUCCGACACGGCCCUCGUUCUCUUUGACAAGCAUCUUGGCUCGUUGACUGCCUUCCGUCGGGCUUCACCGAAGAAUGGCUGUGCAUGCGGCCGUCUGGGCACAUGCACGGUGCCUGGUGCCUGGUCCGCGGAGGCCAUUUGCGCUCCCCUGGACCCCGGUUGCCCGAACACCCCGCCCCGGCCGACGACCUUGACCGUGGACAAGCUAUGUGCUUGUCAGCCGGGAUACCUGUCUCCGAUCGGGGAGCCCCCCUGCUCGACCUGCGGAUCUGAUGACACCUGUGCGGCCUGCCCGGUGGACAACUGCGCCGCAUGCAUGGCCAGUCGGUGUAUUACAUGCCAUGAGGGGUUCCUGCUGACGCCAUCGGGCGAAUGCGCCGCCGGCUGCCCCGAUGCCGAUGCGCCCGUAUCCAAUGGCAUGUGCGAACUGGCCCAAGCCGAGGACGAGUGGAUUGCCUCGCAUGUAAGCAUCCCGGCGGCCGGGUGGGAGGACUUCCGCGUGCGGGGGAUCUCCCGGACUCGUCUGGCACCGGUAAUUGGCGGGACACAUCCGUGGGCCAUUGCCACGGUCCAUCACUCGGUCAUGGGCUACUUCCAGCAGGCGGGCAGGACCCCUGGCGAUGUUGUGACCCUGGUCCCGGUGUCUCGGUUCCUUCCCUCCGGCCAGCCAGGCAAGCCGGGCCGGGUAAACCUGCGGGACCUGCAUUCGGAGCUGUUGCCAUCCUGCCCGGCCGAGGCGAUGACGAGCCCCCCGGCCGGGGCUCGCAUCGCCGGCGGCCCGGGGCCUGCGCUUGAUUUAGUUCACAGUAGCAUGGACAUCGGUGCCUCGGCCACCAACUCUCCGUUUUCCCUCCUUUCCAGCGAAGUGACAUUGAUUCGAUCCUUGGCAUCGAUGCACGCCACGGCCCGUAAGCCCUGGCUCGUGGAUCUGAAUGAGGUCCCGCCACCCGCACUGGAGGAGGUGCCCGGUGGUAGCCCGGCUUCCGAGGGCUUUGCCAUCGAGUUGUCGAGCUACCUGGAGCAGGCCACAAUCCUGGCCCAGGUGACGGCCAAUAUCCAAGGCCGGCCGUCUGUGGGCCAUCAAAAGGUGCUCAGCCCGAGCAUGGCGCCUCUGGAGGUCCGAUCCGUGCUCGAUGUCAUGAUCAUGGCGCCGGAGCUGGCCAGCCUGGAGCACUUCACCUUCGACCAGCCGCUGGCCUGCCUGAGCUUGGGCCUGCCCAUCGAGGCGGCAGACAUUUCCUUCCCGGCGCUGGAAAGCCGCCAUCCGGAAAUCGCCAUGCUAUCCACCCCCGGGCCGGGGAGUCCGCCACCGGCCGCGCGAUCCCUGCGUGUGAUCCUGCCCAUUGGCGCCCUGGGAUACAGCGGCGAUGACACUGGCGGGACCCAUAUCAUGCUGACCCUGCCGGAGGACCGGCCGCGCGUCAACUUCCAGCCGAUGGGCUCCUUUUCCGACUCCCUGGUGGUGAAUCUGCCCUCGGUGCAAUCGGCCUUCCCCGAGAGCCCGGCUGCCUGGGGCCCGGGCCUGCUCUUUGUUUCCAGCAAGACAUUGACCGGGCAGGGCAUGCUGCCACUUGGGGAUGAGGUCCACCAGGCCCUUUCCGUGCGGCGAUAUUCGCAUCACACGCCGGAGUUGGUGUUGGUCUGGGCCGAUGGCGCGCACAGCAGCAUCGUCAUCUACACGAAUGAGUGCAUCGCCGGGCACAUGGUCACCUUCGAGCAACUCAAGACCACCCCUCUGCCGGUGGCGGCUGGCUCCCCCCCGGCACGCUGGGGCCCGCGGGAGAACCGCACCGGGCGCCCGGACUUUGGUGGCUGCGCCAUCCAGGUGGUGGAGCAUCAGCCACUGCCUCCGACGACCGUCGUUCAAUCUGGCGACUUCAAUGCCGAUGGGUUGGUGGAUCUCUUGGCGCAUGACCGUGCCUCCGGUCGUGUGGUUGUCUACCUGUCAGUGCCUUCGCGCGACCAGGCCAUCCCCUUCCGGCGCUUGGUCCUGGCGGCCGGUGGCCAUGGCACGGGUGCCGUUUCGUCCAGUGCCACCGGCAGCGAUCUCUUCCUGGCCGAUGUCAACAAUGACGGCAUGGUGGAUCUGGUGAUGGUGGAUAGGGCCCCAGCCGGCGGCAUGGCCGGCCUCACUGUGCUCAGUCGCCGGGGAAAUAUGGCAUCCUGGUGCCCUGUCGGCACGCACUUCGAUGAGGUGACCCUUGAGUGCUUCUGCACCGGGGCAUCGCAACGUUUGAACAGGGCCACCGAUCAAUGCGAGUGUGUCCAGCAUGCCCGGCCGGUGGACCCGACGGCCAGUCCGCUUGGAGAUUGCGCCUGCCCCAACGGCAUGGAGUCCAACGGCACGAUGUGUGUCUGUCAGGUGGGCCUGCUGCCGGUAGCCACCGAGCCGCUGGGCUGGCCCUCGGUCGAGCCUUCCUGCGCCGCUUGCGGCCCGGCGUGUGAAACCUGCUCGUCCUCACGCCCGGGCGCGUGUGCCUCCUGCCGGGGCGGUCUGCUGUACCAGGCUGGCGAGUGUGUGGUCGCCUGUACCGGGGCCUUCCGGCUCUCCAAGGACGGGACCCGCUGCGUGUCCUGUCCGGCUGGCUGCGACACAUGUGUCGGCUUCGAGCCGGAUCAGUGUGCCACCUGCCUGGGCGACAACCAGUAUCUGGCCCGGGGAUUGGGGGAUCCGCGCGUCGGCGAGUGUCGCCCCUGCCACCCGGGGUGCAGUGGCUGCACCGGGCCCUCGGCAGACGAGUGUCUUGCCUGCGCCGGGGGUUGGCUUCGCGUGGGGCUGGAUGAUUCCGGGCCCUGUGUGGCCGGCUGCCCCGCAGGCACCGGGCUCAAUGCAUCGCAGUCCCGAUGCCUGCCCUGUGCCGACCCGAAUUGCGCCACAUGCAUGAGCGAUGCCCCCGGGGCGGUAUGUCUGGCGUGCGCACCGGGCAGCACCCUCGCGGCCCCGGGCACGAGCUGCAUCAAGUGCCACUCCAAUUGCGGGUCCUGCCAUGGGCCGAGCUCGACCGAGUGCCUCACCUGCCGAGACAACUACUUCCAGUAUGGGGUGUACUGCCUGCCGGCCUGCCCGCCGCAGUUCAUUGCCGUGGACAAGCGCGCGUCCGGCGGGGGGCAGGUGUGCGAGCGGUGCCCCAAUUUGUGCUCCACUUGCUCCGGGUCGGCCGCCUCGCCGAAGUGCGAUGCCUGUGUCAAUGGGGCCGACCGCACGGCGGAGGGUCGGUGCGAGCUGGCCCCCUGCCCGGGGGGCGGGACCGCAUGCCCCACUUGUCCAGUGGAUGGAUGCGAGCGGUGCAAUGGCGACCUUUGCAUUCAGUGCGCCGCCGGGCGCAAGCUCCUGGCCCGGUCCAAUGAGUGCACCCCCUUGGGCCAGGGCUGCCCGGAUGGCACGUACCUGAGUGUCGAUGAGGCCAGCUGCCAGGAGUGCUUCCUCUCCUGCAAGACCUGCAGCUCCAUCGGCGUCAGUGCCUGCCUUUCCUGCGACGGGACGAAGGUCCUUGUGGCGGGGGUCUGCCUGGAUGCCUGCCCGACUGUGGGGUUCUUCGCCGGGACGAAUGACGACGGCGUCGCCGAGUGCCAUGCCUGUGACGAAUCCUGUGGGACGUGUACCGGGCCGGGGCCCGGUGACUGUGUGUCGUGCGCGGCCGGCCACGCAUGGUUCCAGGGCCGAUGCAUGGCAUCCUGCCCUGCCGGCAUGGUGGCACUCUUCGGCCAGUGCAUCGCCUGUGAUGGGACUUGCGCCGGGUGCGCCGGAGCCUGGGACAGCCAGUGCACCGGGUGCUCGGCGGCCCGCGAAGGAGCACCCCCCACCGGGGGUCUUUGGCUUGGCCAGUGCUUGCCCACCUGCCCGGAGGCCACCUUCUCCAGGGUGGAAGCCGAGGGGGCGCUUUGCGCCCGGUGCAUGGACCGGUGCAUGGAGUGCACCGGCCCGGGGGUCGUCCACUGCCAGCGGUGCUUCGGGGAUCUGCUCCUUCACCCGGUGGAUGGCUGUGUGGCCACCUGCGGGGAGGGGUUCUUCCCGGUGGCCGGUAUGCUGCCGGGAACUGGCGCAUGCCUGCCCUGUCUGGCCGAGUGUCGAACGUGCUCCGGGACGCAGGACGACUGCACAUCCUGCCCUGCUGGCCGGAAGCUGACGUCCAGCCUGCCGGGCCGGUGUGUGGAUUCUUGCCCGGCCGGCGAGUUUGUCGAAACGGAUCCCCUUCUGUCGGCGGAGUUCUGCGUCGCCUGUCAUGCCACCUGCGCCGAGUGCCAUAUCGGUGCCGGGGCUGAUCAGUGCACGGCAUGUCCCGAGGCCGAUGGCACGUUCCUCCAUCAGGGCGCCUGUGUGAGCAGCUGCCCGGGGGGCUUUUUCAAGGACGACCGCGGCCAUGGCGUGGAGUGCUCCGCCUGCAUGUCCGACUGUGACGCCUGUACCGGGCCAUCGGCGGCCGAGUGCGAGGCCUGCGUCGAUGGGCGCCUGCUGCUGCACGGCGUGGGCACCUGCCUGCCGAUCGAGCAGGCCGACUGCCCCGCCGGCUGGUUCCUGGAGGACCCUCAGGCCAAGCGCUGUGUCGCCUGCGCCGGCGAUUGUGCCGUCUGUACGGGAUCGCAGCCGGCAGCCUGCACCGGCUGCAUGGACGACCGGCUGUUGCUGCUUGGCGAGGGCACCUGCCUGCCGGCCGAGGAGACCACCUGCCCGGCCGGCUGGUUCGCAAGCAACUCCACCGCCAGACAAUGUGGCCCCUGCGCCGAGGGCUGUCACACUUGCCACGGGUUGGGUGCCUCGGAUUGUGUCACAUGCGCCGGGGGGCGUCUGCAACUUGAGGGCGAGGGCACCUGCCUGCCAGCGGGGCAAGUCGAUUGCCCGGCUGGCUGGUUCCUGGCCUCCUCGGACGAGGGGGUCUGUGGAGCCUGUGCCGAGGGGUGUGACGUCUGCACCGGGUCUGCCGUGUCUGAGUGUCAAUCUUGUGCUUCGGGGCACCUCCAGCUGGAGGGCGCCGGUACGUGUCUCCCGGCCGGCAUCACCGACUGCCCGAGCGGUUGGUAUCGGCAUGCCGAGCGGAGCAACAUGUGCGGCCCCUGUGCCGAGGGGUGUGACACAUGCACCGGGCCGACCGCCGGGGCUUGCCAGGUCUGUGCAGACAACCGCCUUCAGCUCCGCGGCGAGGGGACCUGCCUGCCGGCCGGGGUGACAGCCUGCCCGGCCGGAUGGUUCCUCGAUGGGUCGACAGGCAACACACAUUGUGGAUCCUGCUCCGCCGACUGUGCCUCAUGCACGGGAUCCACCCCGGGUGAGUGUCUGUCCUGCCUCGAUGAUCGGCUGCUGCUCGCCGGCCAGGGGACCUGCCUGCCCGCCGGAGAAGCCGCUUGCCCGGCCGGCUGGCUCGUCGAUCUCCUGGACGCCAAGCGUUGCAAUGCCUGCGCCGAGGGCUGUGCCAAGUGCCGUGGCCCCGGCGCCUCGGAGUGCGAUUCCUGCGCCGAGGGCCGCCUGCAGCUUGAGGGCGAGGGGACCUGCCUGCCGCCUGGCAGCCUGGCCUGCCCGUCAGGAUGGUUCUUCGACGAGUCUCCAAGUGCCGAGCGCUGUAGGCCCUGCUCGGCCGGGUGUGCCGCCUGCACGGGAACCACUCCGGCCGAGUGCGGGGCAUGCCUUGACGAUCGGCUCCUGUUGACCGGAGAGGGGACAUGCCUGCCGGCGGAGGAGACCGAGUGUCCGAUGGGCUGGCACACCGACCCGGCUGCGCGCGCUUGCUUGCCCUGCCCGGCAGGCUGUGCCUCGUGCCCGGGGUCGCCCGAGCAGUGCGUCUCGUGCGAGGCCGGCAAGCUCCUGUUGGUGGGGCCAGGCUCCGCCUCAUGUGUGGCAACCUGCCCCGGGGGCUGGUAUGCCGUGGUGGCGGCUGGCAAGUGCGCCCAGUGCAAUGCCUCCUGCCCCAGCUGCACCGGGCCCAAUGAUCAGGGCUGCAGCGGCCCGCCCGACUGCAGCGACAGCGGUGGCUGCGCCGCGAGGAGCAACUUGCCCUUGAUCCUUGGCCUGGCUAUUGGCAUUCCCCUGUUGCUGAUUGUUGUGGCGAUCGUCGUCUUUGUGGUCCUCAAGAACCGCGCAGCUCAGCGCAAGGUCCGCAAUUCGAUCGGCUCCUUCGAGAUGAAUGUGCCUGCGGACAUGAUCAUCGCCUGAUUGGUGGCCAACAGACGCCGUGUCGCCUCGCCGGCUGGACCGGUGCUCUGUCUCCUGAUGGGCCCUUGAUCCUCGGGUCCGGUCCCCUGUCUGUCAACUUCUCAAGCCGG